CAUUGCUUAAUUAGCUAAGGCUGAAACAAAGAAGAACCAAAAAUGAGUUUUAGUAUCGAAAUCGAUUGCUCGGUGUCGGCCCUCCGGAUGUUCAACCUUGCCCUCCACGGGUUGCAUUUGAUCGGUCAUGAGAUUCUACCUGAUGUUAUCAAGAGCGCUAGUACUAUCCAUGUUGAUGGUGGUGUUGGAAGUAUUAGACACAUCAUCUUUACUCCAGGAUUUCCUUUUCCUUACAUGAAGGAGCGUCUUGAUUUUCUUGAUGCUGUAAACUUUGAGCUAAGACAAAGUCUUGUUGAAGGGAUUAGUUUGGGGACAAAACUUGAGUCUGCAUCUUGGUGUUUUAAAUUUAUACCGAUCAACAAUGGAAAGAGUGUUUUCAAAAUGACUACAACAUAUAAACUCCUCACCGGAGUCCAACUAUCAGAUGAGGAGGAGAAGGUGAAGGAGAUGAUCACCGGAAUUAUCAAAGCUUGUGAUGAUUAUCUCUUGGCCAACCCCAACGUUUGUGUUUAACUCAUGGAUUUAAUUUUAUGGUCUAUCAUGAUGAUGAUGAUGUUUAAUUAUAAAUAAUUUGUCCACAUUAAGUUUUAUGGACUUUUUCUUUUGAGCUUUUUGCGGGUCUCUUAUUGAGUUUUGUU